AAUGUUUCCUAAAGGAUGGCGUAAUGGUGAUUGGAUGUGCAGUUGUGGCUUCCACAAUUACUCUUCUCGUGCUCAGUGUAAAAAAUGUUAUGCGUCAGUACCAUCCGCAGCACCCUCUUCUGUGGCGAAUGCAGCAGUUUCCGAUAUGUUCCCUGCUCUAGGAACAAAACGUUUGGCGUCAGAUGAAUUUGGUAAUGAUUGGGACAGUAAAAGACUGAAUGCUGGGGAUAUAAACAGCCAAUUUAUGACCAAUGGGCCACAGCUUUAUCAUGGUUUCGAGCAAAUGGCAAGUUCAAGUAAUGGUCAGAUUUCAGGAAUUCAAGCUCCUUUCUCCAAUGGAAGUUUUGUAACAGCACCUAAUAUACCUAUGGCUAUGCCUGUGCCUGUGCAAGCACCUCAACUGCCAGGAGUGCCAACUCUCCUUGGGAAAGGAGCAAAGCAGUGGAGAGAUGGUGAUUGGAUGUGCACAAAUUGCAAUAAUCAUAAUUUUGCAUCACGUCUGCAGUGCAACAGGUAUAUUCCAACAUUCCCCAGGCAUUCUUUGAUUUCUAGUUUUUAGGAUGAAAUUUUGGAA